UAUGUGUAUUUUGCUUUCGUGUUUGUUUUUAGAGCAAGUCCAGGUACUUUUCUCCAACCUGGAAAUAGAUGCAGAGGAGAAUCAAAGCAGAUGCAGCCACCUGACAAACCUCAUCAAGAAAGAAACAGAAAAACCACCGUUUCUGGUAUCGGACAAGGGAAGGCAACCCUGGGAGGCAGUGUUGAGUUGAAGAGUUUGGGCCGUUUGGAACUCCAUGAAGCUUUACAGGAGAAAGCUGAAAUUAAUUGUUUUCGAUUUCAUGACGAGGAAGAGACACCUGGACAUCGGCAGAGAGGCAAAACUAAUUUGGACUGCGAUCUAGGCCUGGUAGGAAAGCAACCCCCAUUUUGGGAGGAAAGAGACAGUGGUUUGGAUGAAAAUGCCAUUCAGCAGGGGAUUAAGCAGAUCUUCGAUCUCCUUGAGAAUCCAAGAAAGCCCGUGGUGCCGAAGGCGCACAGAUGCUCCUUUUGUGGGAAAAACACAAGCUGCAGAUCGCAGCUGAUUAUGCACGAGAGGAUCCACACUGGAGAAAAACCAUACAGGUGCUCCGAGUGUGGCAAAAGCUUUGGUCGAAACAGCUCCCUGGCAGUUCACCGAAGGACCCACACGGGAGAAAAGCCGUACGAAUGCUCCCAGUGUGGGAAGGUCUUUCGCUGCAGCUCCAACCUUUUUAUCCAUAAAAGGAGCCACACCGGAGAGAAACCCUAUCAGUGCUCUCGGUGCGGCAAAAGCUUUAGCGAGCACACCACCCUCGUGAUUCAUAAGAGGACUCACACGGGAGAGAAACCAUUUGAAUGUCCGGAAUGCGGGAAAAGCUUCAAUACUAGUUCAAAUCUUACAAGCCAUGUGAAGUUGCACACGGGAGAGAAACCCCACAAAUGUUUGCAGUGUGGGAGAAGUUUCAGUCGGAAUUCCAACCUGGUGAUACACCAGAGGACUCACACAGGAGAGAAACCAUACAAGUGUCCCGAUUGUGGGAAAGGUUUCACAACUAGCUCGAAUCUGAUAAGUCAUGUCAGUUUACACACGGGCGAGAAGCCAUUCAGAUGCCCAAACUGUAGCCAGUAUUUCAGCCACAAUUCUACUCUUAUUAAACACCAGAGGACUCACACUGGGGAGAAACCAUAUGCGUGUUCAGAUUGUGGGAAAAGUUUCACUAAUAAAUCCAGCCUUGUGCAACACCACAGGACUCACACGGGUGAGAAACCCUAUGAGUGUCCGGAUUGUGGGAAAAGUUUCAGUCAGAACUCUAACCUGGUGAUACACCAGAGGACUCACACUGGGGAGAAACCGUAUGAGUGUUUGGAUUGUGGGAAAAGUUUUCGUCAAAAUUCCGACCUGGUGAUACACCAGAGAACGCACACAGGAGAGAAACCAUUUGAAUGUUCAGAUUGUUGGAAAAGUUUCAGUCGUAAUUCUGCCCUAGUGACACACAUGAGUUCUCACAGGAGAGAAACCCUAUGAGUGCCCAAUUGUGGGAAAGCUUUCAGUUGGAAUUCUGACCUGGUGAGACAUCAGAGGAUUCAUACAGGAUGAGUGCUUGGAUUGUGGAAAAAGUUUCAGUUGGAAUUCCCACCUGGUGGAACAAUAGGGAACUGACACUGAAGAGGAGCCCUU